GAGCCGUCAGUGGCUCUUAUAAACCCAACAAGGAGGUGAAGACGUGUCCUGAGAUAAGAUUGAUCUGUCUUGUGGAGAACAUUUAUCAUUACUUGUGGUCAUCAGGAGGUGAAGGAGCCUCAGUGUCAGCCACAAUUAUCCUCAGGAAGAAGAAGAAACACAAUGGCUGGCAAUUUCUGGCAAAGUGCUCAUUAUCAGCAGUGGCUCUUGGAUGGUCAGGACUUGAUCCAGGAGCGACGGGCGGAUCUGGAGGUCCUUACCGAAGAAGAGUAUCAUAAAGUCAUGAUUUUCUUUGCCAAUUUUAUUCAGCAGCUGGGUGAAACCCUCAAGUUGCGGCAGCAAGUCAUCGCUACAGCAACAACAUUUUUGAAGCGGUUCUAUGCCAGGAAUUCUCUCAAGUGCAUUGAUCCUCUUCUGCUAGCCCCCACCAGUGUCUUCCUCUCUUCAAAAGUCGAGGAAUUUGGAGUCAUCUCUAAUAGCAGGUUAAUCUCCACCUGCCAGACUGUAGUGAAGAACAAAUUUUCGUAUGCAUACAACUCUGAGUUCCCAUACCGGACAAACCACAUACUGGAGUGUGAAUUUUAUUUAUUGGAAAGCAUGGACUGCUGCCUCAUUGUUUACCAACCCUACAGGCCCUUAGUUCAGUACAUGCAAGAUCUUGGUGGGGAGGGUGAGGUGUUGCAGCUAGCUUGGCGCAUUGUUAAUGACUCUCUACGAACUGAUGUUUGCCUCUUGUUUCCUCCAUACGAAAUUGCUCUCUCAUGUAUACACAUGGCAUGUGUGGUUCAUCAGAAAGACUGCAAGCAGUGGUUUGCUGAACUAAACACCGACUUAGAUCGUAUCAUGGAGAUCACCCGUUAUAUACUGAAUCUGUACGAUCUAUGGGAGUCUUAUGACGAGCGCAAGGAGAUUCAGGGGCUGUUGCAGAAGAUGCCCAAACCCAAUACUCAGCCAGUCCCUCGAGUCGUAAGAUAAGCAGAACCCUAAGCCCAUGGUGAAGUAGGUGCAGUUAUUCGAAUGGGGUGCCAGAUGCCAUCUUGCCCUAAGGUCACCCAAGACAUGCUGCCUGCAAGCAUGCCUCUUACUCCUUGUCUCUUAGGGAACGUUUGUGUUAAGGACACACUGCUGUGGCAGCUGAUUUUCAGUUAGGAUUAGGUGUAUUAACUGGGUAUUUGACACCCUAUCAAGAUAUGUGUUUAUUUAUUGUAAGGUUAAUAGCUGCUCAUGGUUUCUCCAGCUUUAUAAAGGAUAAUUGUGCAAAUUUCAUGUACAUUCACUGUAUGCGAUUUACAAAAUUUGUUAAAAAUUCUUAUAAUAGGGAAUUAAGUGUUAAUGGUCUGAGUGAGCUUAAUAUAACUGCAACAGGCAUUAAGUCUGGAAUGCCUGUAUGCAGUAAAGCAAGGGAAACCUAUUCUUUAUUAAAAAUGAGCUUGUUGCUACUGUAACAUCAUUAUUCUUAGAUCUUAAUUGAAAUUUCUAGCCAUCACUUAUCAUAUGUCAAGAGUGACAUUACUUAUUUCUUGUCCAAAUAAAUUAUACUGAUAAUGGGGGCCACAUUAUAUCUAUGAACCUUGGAUAGAAAUUUUGUAGUUAUAUUCAGUGUAACAAAUGUGUCAUUAUAGCAAUUUUUUAAAUGUCUC